AAUCAGGUGGAAGUAGUUCAGUAAUUUUAUUUUCCUUACGUUAACCUCAAUUUUUUUGUAACCUUUAAAAAUAAAUUUCAUUUAAAGGUGAAAUAUGCAUUAGUCCCUGUUACUUGUUAGUGACUAUUUAUGAUAUUCAUCUUUAUACAAAUUAUAGGACAGUUUUUAAAAUGUUUUUGAGGACUUUCAAAAGGCAACAUAAAUUAUUACAUGGAAUGGUUGGAAUACAUACUGACUACUGUAGACUCAUGUCCUCUAUCACAUUGAUAAAUGCACCAACUGUCCAAAAACAAACAAAAAAUACAUCUGAAAAAAUUAAUUCAAUUACCACAGAAGCAGAUUUCCUGGUAAAACUGAAAAAUGAUCCAAAUAAGUUUGGCAUAUCUUUAAAUUCAAAUGAUGUUUUUGACGAAGGAGAUCUACAAGAAGAAAAGUUUUUGAUGGAAAGAACAUCUUCAAAAAAGCUGUCAACAAAGCAAUAUGCCGAUAUAAUAAAAAAUCACCUUAAUCAUGGUAAAUUAAAAGAAGCUAUUGAUGUACUAGAGGUAAAAAUGAUUAAGGAAGAUCAAGCGAAACCCGAAAAUUAUAUUUAUAAUUUAUUGAUUGGUGGCUGUGGAAGGAAUGGGUUAACAAAGAAAGCGUUUUCCCUUUUUAAUGAUAUGAAAAAAAGAGGCUUGAAAGUUACAGGUGGAACAUAUACAGCCUUGUUUAAUGCAUGUGCAAAUAAUCCUUGUAAAGCUGAAGGUUUAGAAAGAGCUAAACGUUUAAGGAACCUAAUGGUUGAAAAAUUAUAUGAACCAAAUGAUACAAAUUAUCAUUCUAUGAUUAAAGCAUUUGGAAGAUGUGGCUGUCUAUCCACAGCCUUUUCAAUUGUAGAUGAGAUGAUGACUAAGAGAAUUAAGAUCACAGCUGAUACUUUCAAUUUUUUACUACAUGCUUGCAUUGAAGAUAAAGAAUCAGGCUUCAGACACGCAUUGUUGGUUUGGAGGAAGAUGGUAAAAUAUCAUAUUCCGCCAUCCAUAUUUACCUACAAUCUAAUGCUUCACACUAUUAGAGAUUGUAAUUUAGGAGAUCUUGAAGCAACCCAAAAUGUUCUAUUCCAAAUCAUAAACGAGAAAGUUAAAAUUGGUAGUGAAUCUAAUAAAUUGAUAUUCUUAGGAACCAAUCAAAAAUUAUUGUUAUCAACUGAAAAUGAACUAUUAUCAACAGAAAAUAAAAUGGAUCUAUCAUCAUCUGGUGAUAUGAAUUAUCCAAAUCUGAUGAGCAGAAUACCAAAACUUGGAAACUUAAUUUCUCUUAGUGAAGUCAAAAAACCUGAAGAUAAAUUGUUACUUGUAGGAGGUUUCAAUGCUUAUUUGAAUAAUAUGAGAGAAAAUAAUUGCAAUCCCGAUAUUAAAACAUUUACAUUACUUUUGGAUGUUAUACCCAAUAAUAUAGCUGCCGAGGAACAACUCCUUUUGCAAAUGAAAACAUUAAAAAUAAGAAAUGAUGUGGAUUUCUUCAAUAUGCUCAUUAAAAAAAGAGUUAUGAGGCAAGAUUAUGAAAAGGCAAAGGAUGUUUUGAGACUCAUUAAAAAAUAUGGUCACAGACCUAAUUUAAUUACUUAUGGUGUGCUUGCUCUAUGCUGUAAAACUGAAAAAGAAGCUUUGCAGUUUUUGGAUGAAAUGAAAAAUUCUAAAUACAGAUUCAAUGCAGAAAUCUUAGGAGCCUUACUUCAUCAAGCAUGUUAUGAUAAAAAUUUCAGGUAUAUUAUGAAAAUUAUGCAGAUAUGUGUUGAUGAGAAUGUCCAGCCAAAUUUAAAAUUCAUCGAGCAUCUAGAUAAGUUGAAAAAAGAUUGUAGACGAAUGAUAAAAAAUAAGGACGAUGAAGUUGGGCAAUCUGCAAUUUUCCAGAGAGGGUUUCGGCUUUUCAGGUCUCGAUAUAGCAAAUGGAUUACUGAAAUUGAUGUAGAGAAAACUGACGAAAAGAAUCCUUGGCAACGAUUUACUGAAGAUACAGAUAUAAAUGCUGAUAAAUAUUUUGUUGAUAAAUUUAGAACUUCUAGAUUCAAACCUCGACGUACUAAAAAAUCUUUCAAAUUCACAGAAAGAUCAGUUAAUAAAAAUGCAAAUUGAAA